AUGGAAGAGGUUUCAACAUCACAAAGCAUAACAAGCGAAGACAUUAAAUAUGUGCCUUAUACCUCAGAAUUACAACUUCCUGGAAUCAUGUCUUUGAUCGAAAAUGAUCUGUCAGAACCAUAUUCAAUAUAUACCUAUCGUUAUUUUAUCAAUAAUUGGUCAAAUUUAUGCUUUAUGACCAUGGUCGAAGAUCAAUGCAUUGGAGUAAUAAUAUGCAAACUUGAUAAACAUCGUGAUGCAUUACGCGGUUAUAUUGCAAUGUUAGCCGUUAAAAAAGAAUAUCGAAAAAGAAAGAUAGGAACUUCAUUAGUAAAAAUGGCUAUAGACGCUAUGAAAAAGCAGAACGCUGAUGAAAUUGUCCUCGAAACAGAAUACACAAACCUUGGGGCACUUUCAUUAUAUCAUAAUCUAGGAUUCAUAAGGGAUAAACGUCUUUACAGAUAUUAUCUUAACGGGGUUGACGCGUUUCGACUAAAACUAUUUUGUAAAGGUGAACGAGUAGACGGGAAAAGUUCGGAUGAGACGAUAUGCAAAAUGGAGAAACAAGAACGAGACUCGAACCUUUCUAAGACUCGUAGACCGAGAGUUAAAAACGACUCUAAAUUCGCGACCGUGCCGCCACCUUCUCUUUUGCGCAGUAAAACUACUUCAAGUUUAACAAGCAAUGGUUCAAAUAGGCCUCGCGUCGCUAGAAUUAAUACGUCUGUAUCAGAUAAAGAAAAAGCUAGGUCUGGAAACGGUUUUUUUUCUGACUCGGAUGAAGAUAGCAGUCAGAGUAAUAAGUCUGCAAAUUCGAAUAUAAGUGUACAGAGUAGCAUGAGCUUUCUUAAUAAGACCCCAUCAAUCAUGUCGGAUACUAUAAUACGUGUGCGGCCAAAAUCUUCUCUCGGAACUUUAUCUGAAAAAUCUCAAAUUGAUUUUGACAUCGCUCGUCAAUUACAAGCUGAUGAAGCAAGAAUGAAUAGAAAGAUAGCUGAUUUAGAAAUCUCUAUAAAAUGUUUGACGGCGAAAAAUGCUGAAUUGGACGAAAAAAAUAAACAACAAGCUGCUGAAAUAAUAAAAUUGAAGAGAAUGCUUAAAAUUAAUGACACGUUUAUGUCUGAAGUUUAUCCUGUCAAUGAAGAUGAAGAUGAGUCUACACCAUUAACAGAGACGGACCUGGUAGAAAUCGCAAAAGAUAAUGAUGUUCGAUUUAAACGAAUAUGUGUCGUUAUAGAUGAACUACUUCAGGAUGCACAAGAAGCUCUUGAACGUCCGGCAAAAGCCAUCGGAACUAAAGUUUUACCUAAUGCACUAUUAGAUACAAAUUAUAACGAAUCAGAUACUCAAAACGAGGAUUUCUUGAAUGAAUCAGUGGAACGUAAUGAUGACAAUAAUAUAUUAACGCAACAAUCACAUUCUAAUACAUCUAAAGAUUCUAAAGAUCCUAAAGAUUCUAAUAAUUCAGUGAUAAGGAAAGAGGGAGUAGAAAACACAACUAUCAACAAUUUAUCAUUGAAAAAGUCAAAAAAACCAAAGGCACGAAAAGUUGUUAAAGAACUUUUAAACCUUGCUAAGCAAGAUACUGUAAAUAAUCAAAAACUUUCACCACAAUCUUGCGAACGAAAAGGUCUUGGAUUAUUACUCUCCAUUCAGAAUGGGCAAAAUGGGAUUCCACAUACUGCUUACAAUACCGCUAAUAAUAAUAAUAUCGAUACAUCAUCUCCUUCUCCUACAAUAACACUUUUAUAUGAGCUUCAAGAAUUAUUGGGAAUAGGUGAUGCGGAAUCGUCAAAGUUUGCGAACAAAUACCGUAAAAGUUGCCCGGUAAUUUCUUUUAGUAGAUUUAAUUUUGCGCCAGGCGAAGAUGUAACUAUGCCGAGUACAGGAGUAGAGUACGAGUUAUUUGUCGUCGAUCUUCGCCGAAUUUUAGAACAUCGUCAACGAUGGACAAAUCAGAUGAAUAGCAACGUUGAUUCAAACUCUUAUGAGCUUCUUGAUUAG